AUGGAAUCACCCCGUAACGGAUACGCCGUCGUCCAGACGCCACCUCCUUUCAUGGAUGAAAAGCCUCAUCUUAGCAUCACACAGCGAUCGAUUCGACCGACGUGGAUCCUUUAUUCAUCCGUCGGUAUCGCUAUGCUUGAAGCCUUCCACUAUGGAUGGUCCAAUUCGCAAAUCAACCUUAGCACCUUCAACAACUCCGAAGCCUGCAACAUGCGACCAGUCAAGGAAGGCACGUGCCUCAUGUUUCCUGGACAUACCAAGACAACGUGGACAUUACUCGUCAAUGCGUGGAUCGUUGGUGGUAUGUUCGGCAGUUUACUAUCGGGCUUUCCAUCGAACAAGUGGGGCCGUCGUACGACACUUCGCUUCAAUGCGAUCAUCAUGAUACUCGGGUCUUUAAUCCAAGUGUUUGCCAGCACCCCAUUUUGGUUCGCAGCGGGUCGCUUCGUGACGGGUAUAGCAAACGGCGUGGCCAUGGCCGUGGUCAACACGUUCCUUAAUGAGAUCUCGACGCCACACAAUCGACACGCACUUGGUACAAACACGCACUUGGCUGCAACGUUGGGCAUCUUUGGAGUGGCGACUACAUUUUGGUACUGGAAUACAACUUCUGGCUUUCGUUGGAUCGCUGGGAUGCCGAUCGUAUUUGCUCUUGGGUUUGUAGUCCUCUCGUUCUUCUUCAUGGUGGAAAGUCCAGUCUGGUUGGUUGCAAAUGGUGACAAUGAAGAAGCCGAGAAGGAAAUAGGACGUCUCUAUGGCCAAGAUAAUGUCAGUAUCUUGAUGGGAUGGAUUCAAGUAAACGACCGCAGAUCCGAGUUGCCGGCGAGGUUGAGUGGUGAGUCUGAAAAGGUCCACGCCGAAACAAACUGGACGAUCCUGACUAACAAGAAGUUUCGCAAGCCUUUAGUAAUCGCACUAGGCUUGACGUGCAUCAACCAACUCGUCGGUAUCAACGCUGUCUUCUUCUACGCUUCCUCUAUUUCAACGGACGCUGGCAUUUCAGACUCACGACUCGGCCUCAUGAUCAUUGAUAUCUUGAACAUUGUACCCGUGCCGAUUGCCGCUGUAUUGACGAAGGUCAUGCGCAAGCGCACCAUGCUAAUCUCCGGUAUAUUCGUGAUGGCGUUGUGCUGUAUCGGUAUGACCUUUUCACUAGUGCAAAGUGUGGGUUGGCUAUCCAUCGUCUUCCUGGGGCUCUUUGUGGUGGGCUUUGAUUUGAGCAUUGGUCCUUUGCUGUGGCCAAUUGUAGCUGAGCUCUUUGCCGAUUCCGCUCGUGGUGCCGCUGUUGGCAUUUGCAUUACGAUGAAAUGGAUCUGUUCACUUAUUGUAGGCAUUGGAUUUCCAUACGUCGAGGACGCCAUCACGAACUACAGCUUUAUGCCGUUCUUGGGCACGACCACCCUUGCUAUUGUCUUUAUCUACUUUAUGGUACCUGAGACAUCCAACAAGACCAUUUCCGAGAUUCAAGAAGAAUUUCGCAACGAUUGCAGUGUACAAUUGACAAGCAAAGGUCAAGUGUAG